UAUAAAGUGGAAGGUAAUUUUUGGUGGUCAGUGUUGAGUGAGAUUAAGUGUGAUCAACAACUAUCCCAUCUUAUCGUGGAAUAAAAACAAUUUUUAUUUUUUUAAAUAAUCAAAAAAAAAAUAUACAAUCAUGAAUAAAUUGGUAAUAUUUUUGGCUUUGGUAUCAGUGGUUUUGACAGCACCACUUGAAGAACCAUCAUCACCAAUUCCAAUAUUGAAACAAUCUGCUGAUGGACCAAAUGCUGAUGGUUCAUACUCAUGGAGUUAUGAAACAGCAAAUGGAAUACAAGCCCAAGAAAAUGGUGUAUUGAGAGGUAAUGGUGAAGAAUCUGGACCAGCAGUAUCUGGAUCAUACAGCUUUGUUGGUGAAGAUGGUCAAAAUUACCUUGUUGAAUAUACUGCUGAUGAAAAUGGAUAUGUUGCCAGAGGAGCUCAUUUACCAGUUGCCCCUGCUAUUCCAGAAGCAAUAUUGAAAGCUUUAGAAUACAACGCUGCUCAUCCAGAAGAAGACGACAUCGAUUCACCAAAAAAAAAAUUAAAGAGUGACUAUUUAAAAAUAAUAAAAAUCAUGCGUUCCAUUAUAUUAUUAAUUGGAGUAUUUGGCAUAACAUACGGACAAGAUUAUUUUCGUAAACCUGAACAAUUAAUAAGUGAAACAAGAAAUGUUGGCGAUAAAAUUGGUGUUUAUUCAUUGAGUUAUGAAACUGAAGGUGGUAUAUUACAAAAAGAAAUUGGCUCAAGAAAAUAUGCUGGUACACCAGAUGAGACACAAUUGAUACAAGGUUCAGUACAAUAUAAUGCACCAGAUGGUACACCAAUAUCACUCAGUUGGACUGCUGAUGAAUUUGGAUCACAAGUUUCUGGCUCACAUUUACCAACACCACCACCGAUACCACGUGAAAUACAACGUGCAUUGGAAUGGCUCAAAAAACAACCAUCAACUGAAGAACCAGAAUAUGAUGAACAAGGAAAUCCAAUAAUUAAUAAAAAACAAACCCCAAUCGUCAAGGAUCCAAAACAAAGAAAUUUUUCAAAAAAACAAUAGACAUAAAUUAUUAUUAUUAUAUUACUGUAUUACCUGACUGUUUGAUUCUUU